UAUCUAGCAUAUUUUUAUAUUUGUGCCCCUCUCUCUCUCUCUCCACCAUAUUCCUCAAAUUCCUUCUCUCAAAACUUGCGUCCUAUUUUAACCCCGUCAAAAACCCUAGCGAGCCGCUCUUCUUUCCCUUCUCGGCAAUCUUCCUCUUAUCGGAGCCUCCCUUCUCUCUCACCCUCUGCGAGCAGGAGCUAGAGGAACCUGUGGGCUUUCCCCAUUUUUAUCUAUUGAAACAGCGGUAACCUAGAACUGCAGAGAAAGAUUGGGCUCUAUUUUUAUGCUCAGUAGCUAGCAAUUGGAUUCUGUUUAAGAUUGUUUCUUGGCAAAUUCAUGAUUCAACUUCAUUUGACAUCGUUUAGGGUAGUUUCGGUGCCUGUGGAGCACAGGUUGUGAUAAAGCUAUGGCCAAAAUCAAGGAUCGCACUAGAGUUUACAAGGAGACCGUACAUGAUGUCGCAUUGUCUCUGGGAUACAAUGAGUCCCAGAUGGCCGCCAUAUCAGCAUCCUUAAUACUGCCGAGGCCUUGUGAAAAGUCGCCUUUUAUUAAAGCAGCUCUCAAAACACUUGAAAGCAUUGCAGAACUUGAACGUUUCAUUGUCAAGCAUCGGAAGGACUAUGUUGAUCUGCAUCGAACAAUUGAACAAGAACGGGAUAGCAUCGAGCAUGAAGUUAGUGUAUUUAUAAAGACAUGCAAAGAUCAGAUUGAUUGCCUCCGAAAUAGCAUCUACAAUGAAAAUAAUAAAGUCAAAUCAAGAAAAUGGCUGAGUAUACAAGAAGAUAACUCUCAUGCAGACAUUAUAGCUCAUAGGCAUGGCGUGGUUUUGAUUUUAAGUGAACGUCUCCAUGCAGUGACUGCUCAGUUUGACCAAUUAAGAGCCAUCCGAUUCCAAGAUGCUGUUAACAGAGCAAUGCCCAGACGACUUCGAAAUAAGGUCCCUGAUUCAAAUCUUUCACACAGCUUCAGACCAGAAGUCUCUGAGCUGGAGGAGAAAGAACUUCAACCUGAACCUCUUAGGAUCAAGCAGCAAAUUUUGGAUGAUGAGACACAGACACUUCAAGUAGAGUUGUCCUCUUUAUUAGAUGCAGUUCAAGAAACUGAGACUAAGAUGGUUGAAAUGUCAGCUCUGAAUCACCUGAUGUCUACGCAUGUUCUCCAACAAGCCCAACAGAUAGAACAUCUAUAUGAACAGGCAGUUGAAGCUACAAAUAAUGUGGAGAGGGGCAACACCGAGUUAUCAAAGGCCAUAGAGAGGAACAGCAGUAGCAGAACAUUUCUUCUUCUCGUUUUGCUUGUCCUUCCUCUGGCCCUUCUAUUUCUUGAUUGGUACCAAUAGAGAGAGAGAGAGAGAGAGAGAGAGAUUUUAUAGUGAGAGAAAAAUCAAAUUCCUUUCCCUCAAACAAGGUGUUGAAUCUACACAAGCUGGCGGGUCUUUCCUAUAAUGACAUCUAUUAUAAGUUAUAUUGCAGCAAACCUUCCUUCGGUGUGUUUUUCGUGUAUUGGAAUAAAAAGCUAUGAAAUAUUAGUAGAAUCAAAAUCCGAACAGAGUGCAGUAAUGAAGGACAAGAAAUAAAU